AAAGAUAUGUCAACUGAAGAAGAGAAAGCACAAAUAGCUGGAGAGGAAGAAGUAACUAUUUUCGAUAAAAUAGUUGCCAAGGAGAUCCCAGCUGAUGUUAUCUAUGAAGAUGACCUUGCCCUAGCGUUUAGAGACAUUAACGCUACUGCCAAAGUUCACUUUUUGGUAAUUCCUAAGGAUAGACAAGGACUCACUGGUAUUAGCAAAUCUGAAGAAAAGCAUAAAGAGUUGCUUGGGCAUCUAAUGAUCACUGCUGCUAAGGUUGCUGAACAAGAAAAUCUUUCUGAUGGAUACAGAAUUGUCAUUAAUGAAGGCAAGUUUGGAUGUCAAUCAGUUUACCACCUCCACAUUCACGUUAUUGGAGGAGAGCAACUUGGAUGGCCACCAACUGGUAUUAAGGAAGAAGCUUCUUCUUAAUUUCUAGAUAAGCUCAAAUCUUUUAAAGA